AUUAUUAGGUAUAUAGUUUUGAAAUUAAUUGAUUCAAUAGAAACAUGACUGAAAGAUCAAGUAUACUGAAUAUGAUGGAUGGGACUGAGGAGGCUGACACAGUUUUUUUGGGACAAAUGGCUGAGAGUCUUGGAAGUACAGAUGACCUGAAGUAUCGGAAAUACUCUGGUAAAUCACAACAUGUCAAAUCAAACUCAAAAUCUCACCCAGAACUGCCACAACAAAAUAUUUUUAUGCUACAAACGAAGUAUGGUAUUGAUGAAUCACUGUCAACACUAGAAGGCAGUAUUGAGAAGCAUUCUUUGGUCAAGAACAGUGAAACAUUGAAUCAAACUUUGGAAGACAGACCUGUUGAAAUGUAUGUUGAUGAAGCUCAGCUACCAGUAAAAGACAGCUCUGAGAAUUCUGCUUCUGGCAGCAACUCAGCAACUAAUAUUCAAAAUAACAAGUUUGAGAAACUGGGGAUGAAAAACCAAACCCAGUUUCGAAGUGAUCCCACUGAGAUUUAUUCUGAAGAAUCAAUGAUACCAGCAGAUGGAAGUACUGAGGAUAGCGCUUCGUACAAUGACAAAAGAGGUAAAUUUCAAUCUAACGAGAAUGAUGGGAUAAGUAGAAAAAGCAAGACUCAAGGCAUACCCGUUGAAAUGCAGGUUGAAGAAUCAACACUGUCAGUAGAGGGCAGUACUGAGAAUUAUUCUUCAGUCAAUGAUCCAAUAACUACAUUUGAUAAUGAUCGCAAAACUCAAUUUUUAGAAAGCGCAUGCAUUGGUUCGCAUGCUGAUAAUACAGUGCCUGCAAAUAGCAGGUCUGGGUAUAAUGGAGUAGAAAUCAUAAACACAAAUGAACUACAGACUUCAAGUGAUAGAGAAAUCGAAUGCCUUGCUUGUGGACAACAAUUUCUAACUCUACGAAAUCUACAAUUGCAUAUGCUCAUGCAUAUAAGCUUGAGCUCAUCUUUUUGCAAAUUAUGCGAGCAGCGAUUGUUACAAAAAGGUCAAAAAAUAGAUACAGUCAACAAAAAUGUAAGGACCUGCAGGGUAUGCCAGAAACCUGUUGAAAUAAAGCCUGCUGGAAAAAGACCAUCAAGCAGAAAUAGUAUUUCAUGUUCUCAGUGUGGAAAAACAUUUUUGUCAGAGCGUGCACUUCUGGUUCAUACCAGAAUGCACACUGGUGAAAAACCAUACAAUUGUGCUCAUUGUGGUGAAUCAUUUUCUUACAAAGGCUCUUUGGAGCGACAUUUGUCGAUACAUAAAGUGCUAUCAGUUUAUUCUUGCAAAUUUUGCUUGAAACGUUUUAAAAAAGAGCUGUACCUAACUCGUCAUGUUAUAAUAUUACAUAGUAAAACAAAACCUUACACUUGUACAUCUUGUGGAAAAGGAUUCCGUACUGCUAAAAGCUUAAAAGUUCACCGUGCUGCACAUAUUGGCAGACCACCUUAUUGCCAUUUAUAUGAAAAGUCAGUCCAUCAAAGUUCAUCCUCACAAUAUCAUAAAAGGUUAUAUGAAAAUGAAAGGCCUUAUACGUGUGAUAUAUGUGGCAAGAAAUUCUUUUGGAUUGGAGGAUUACUAAAUCACUUAGAAUGGAGACAUAGUGGUCAGAAUAUAUAUAUUUGUAAUUGUUGUGGUAAGACUUUCGAAAUUGUUCAGCGUCUUAGACAGCAUCAAAUUACUACACAUUCAAAGGCGUUUUUCUGUAAAUUUUGUGGAAAAUCAUUCAAGCAUAAAGUUUACUUCGAUCAACAUAAAUUAAUUCAUCGUAAAGAAAAGCCAUAUUUAUGUGAACUAUGUGGAAAAGAAUUCAUAACAAAGACACUUGCAAAACGGCACAUGCGGAGACAUGCAGACCCUAAAGUACUUCAUUGCAAUGAAUGCUGGAAAGUCUUCAGUACUUCGGAGACACUGGAGAUUCAUAGAGCCAAACAUAUAGGCAUAUAUGCUAUUGCUGAUUGUGCAUCAAAAAUUAAGAAAGAAUCUAUCCAGACUUUACAUCUGAGGGUGCCUGAUAAACUAUAUACUUGUGAAAGAUGCGGGGAAGUGUUUGAGCAUGAAGAUCACUUGGUUCAGCAUAAAAUAGAUGAUCAUAACGAAAGGCGGCGAUUCUCGUGUAGUCUUUGCAAGAAAACAUUCAGAAGGUCUGAUUACCUCAAAGCUCAUUUUUGUCCUGCUUUGCCAAAAGUUCUCCCAUAUUUUUGUGAUAUUUGUGUCAAAGAGUUUCGUAGUGAGAAAGCUCUGAAAAAUCAUAAUAUGCAACAUACUGGAGAAAAACCAUACAAGUGCAAAAGGUGUAAUUAUGAUUUUCCUGCCAAAACUGAGCUAAAUGAACAUGUGAGGGCAGAGCAUGAUGGGAAACUUUAUGUUUGCGAAUAUUGUCAAAAAGAUUUUGUUAGCAAAGGUAAUUUAAAAAUACACAUGAAGUCACAUACAAGGGAAAAACCAUUCACAUGCGAAGUGUGUAACAAAGGAUUUCUUCGUGAUGUGACUUUGAAAACACAUAUGAGACUACACACUGGGGAGAAACCUUUCUCAUGUGAUAUAUGUGGCAAGCGGUUUCGACAAGGUUCAUAUGUGAAAGAUCACAUGAGAAUACACACAGGGGAAAAACCAUAUCAGUGUGAUGUAUGUGGAAAAGCCACCAGCACAAAGAGCACAUUAAAAGCACACAUGAUGAUUCAUACAUCACCAGAAAAGCUCUUUGCAUGUGGACAAUGUGAAAUGAAGUUUGGAAAUAAACAUGCACUGAAAGCACAUGUGCGCAAACAUACCGGAGAAAAACCAUUUUGUUGUGACAUAUGCGGGAAGGGUUUUGCAUGGAAAGGUGGUCUUAUGACUCACCAGAGAACACACACAGGUGAAAAACCAUUUGUGUGUGAUUUUUGUGGUAGGGGGUUUACCACCAAAGGAGGUAUGGUUCAGCACAGAAGAAUCCAUACUGGUGAAAGACCGUUUUCAUGUGAAGAAUGUGGGAAAACAUUCAGACAACAAGUCACAUUGAAAACCCACUUACGCACUCAACAUUAUGAAAAACAGACAUUUACAAAAGAAUCAAUGCAUUUCCCGACGCCCUCUUUUCUUUGAAUUGAUUAAUGAAACUUAAUAUAUUAUUAAAGGAAUGAAUGAAAUGGUAGUGCUUAAACAACGAAAACAUUUUUGUGAAAUGCCUUUGUGUCAAAUUAGCUAUUUUCCUUUAGACGAGCAAAAUGGAAUAAUGGUGUAGGUAAAAAUCUGAGCUUAUGAUCAUUUAUUCUAUUGCAUUUUCUAUGUUUAUCUGGAAAGAAGUUAAAGCUUGUUGAUUUUGUUGUUUUUGCUUAACAAAUUUUUCGUCAUCCCAUAAUAUAACUCGAUGUGCAACAGCGUAACCAAUGAUAAACAUAAGAACAACUUGUAAAACAUAUACUCAAUGGCCUUUUAGGGAUCAGCUUAUUCAUGUGAACAAUUUCGUUAUCACAGAUAAGUGUGUUUGGUCAGUCCAGUGGUUCACCUGCACUUUAUAGCACACUCAAGAUCUGGAUAGCUUAUACCGAAUAAUUUACCUUUUCAUAUAAAUAUUUAAUAUAUUCUAAAUUAGGUUAACAGGAAAAUUUGGAUUCAUUGUUAAUUUGAAGAGAAUUGAAAUUGGUGGGAAUUGAAUAGGUAGAAAGAAGUUGUUGGUGCUAAUUGGAAUUUGAAGAAGAAUUGUUUUAACUGGGUGUGAAAUGUCACUUCUUAAAAUGGCAAUUCUGAAAAUGAAAAAUCUUCUAAUAGUUCCUAAAAUCUGAAAUUUAUUUUACCAUAUACCCAAUUUGUUUUGAUUAUCUGUGUCCAGGGCGUAAUGGACUGGCCAUCUGGAUUUGGAUGAAAGAGAUAAAAAUAAGGGUUGUUUCAUGAAUAUAACUGUUUAAUGUAGAGUUUUUUUCAGAGUAGAGUUUUUUUGUUUAAAUUUCAAAUCAUAUAUCUGUGUUUAUGUGUUUUACCAAUUAUUAGAUGAUCUCCUCAUGUUUUACGACUGAAAUUUUUUAUUUUGCUGUUGAACUUUGUAUAACAUUGAAGUUUGAAAUCUGUACCACAUUUUGAAUUUAUUUUAAUUGGAAGUAUACUCAAAAAAUCACGAAAUUUUUUUUAAAUCUUCCAAGGUUUUUUAUAACUUUUUUUUCACUCCUAUUGUCCACAUUUUUUUGAUUGUUGGAAUUCAAAUAUUUUUCCAUCUCUAAUCCAAUACUAUUUGCACUAUCGAUAUGGAAUCGACUUAGUCAGUGGUUCCCAACCUUUUUCCAAUCAACCCAAAUUUUUAAAUAAAUAAAUUUUUAAAAUCUCGCGACCCAAGGAUAUGCUCAGAUACUAACAGGUAUGUAAUGCUCAUGCCUCAUAUGGUCACAAAAUUAAAUGCCUGUCCAAUACCAGCAUAACCCUCUCAAGUUUUUAUGUUGUGGUACUUCCCACAAAUGCAAUUACAAUUGAGUAACACUUCAGUACAAAUAUAAAAUAAGCAAUAAAAUUUACUAGAAUCUACCAAUAAAAAUACUACUGUGAUGACAAAACUCUCUGGGAGGGGGCCACAAGCCAUAAAAGGUCGGGAACCACUGUACUAUAGUUUGUUAAUUUUAUGCUUCGUCUGACUAUGUUUUGUUAAUACUUUACAAUAUUUGUCUUUAGUUUUGUUUAAUACAGUGGUUCUAAAAUGGUGGACACUCCUCAAAAAGGGAGCAUAGAAAAUUUUAGAUGUUGUGUGAAGAUUGUUAGAUUUGAUCUUGCUUGCCUUAUUUUGGAUAUUUACGUUUAUUUAUUUUGGAAAAUUAUGUUCCAUCCACGUAUUCUUGAAUAAAACCUAUCUGUUAUUUGUAACUCAUCGUUAGCUAGUUAUUUUUAUGAUGGGGCGCGAAACUUGACAAAGUCUUAAAAAUGGGGGCACAACUUGAAAAAUUUCAAAAAUCAAUGGUUAUUACUUGUCAAUACUAACUGAGAAUGACAUAUUUUACUUUGGGAAAAAUUUUGCCUAAAAUUGGGAAUUCAAUUAUUUUUGAUCUUAAGUGAUUUUUAAAAUAAUAUAAAUCAGUUUAUCAAUCUGAGUUUGCUACAAAGCUCAAUAAACAUGUGAAAAUGCUCAUCUGUAAUCAUCAUGUUUUGUAGUUGAAGCCUUUUUCCCAAGCCAACAUAAUUAUGCCAUGAAUUCCACUUUGUAUACUUACUCCAAUUAUUCCUAAUGUAUAAAUGAUCUUAUCAUUACUCAGUGCAUAACGCGAAAAGGCUUUUACUCUCUAGGGCAGUGGUUCUCAAACUUUUUAAGCUGUGCCUUCUUUUUAGAAUUCCUCAGGUCUCGCGCCCCACCUAAAAAAUAACUAGCGAAAGUAUGUGAAAAUAUAGGUACAUAAUAAAGGAACGUAAACAAUAGAGAAAUGUGAAUAUCUAAAAUAAGGCGAGCAAGAUAUAAUAUAACAAAUAAUUUUUUUUUUAACUUCACACCGCUCA